AAGGAAGGCACGGGGUGGACUGUGCGGUAGGGUGGGACGGUCUCAGAGGCAGCUAUAAAGAACGUCAGUGACGGACUUCAAGAUUCACCAAGUGGGCGGGCAAGGGAACCACCAGUCAUCCUAACUCUUACCUCCCGUCUAUAUUCUUUAUCAUUAGAGCUGUAAGAAGCCUCCUAAGCAUGCUUGCCGUCGUCAUCUGGUCCCUCUUCGACCUUGAUAUUCUCCUCACAAGCACAAUGACCAUCAUCAUCAUCAUCAUCAUCAUCAUCAUCAUCAUCAUCAAAAUAUACCUCUACACCAGCAUCACAACCCUCCUCCGAGUCAUAAACCGACACAUCCCCCAAAAUAACCACCUCCAUCCACCCCUGCCCCUGCUUGAUAGGCUUCUCCAGUCGAUCAAUAUCCUCCUCCUCCUCCUAUUCAUUCUCUCCGCCCUUGUUUUUGUCUGGAGAACCGACCGCAGAACCGAUGUGAAACCCCCUAGAGGUAUUCACCAAACACAACCGAAACCCGUUUUGCUGAGGGACCGUGUCUGCCGGUCUGGUUGGUACACAAAGAACAGCAUAGACCAGAGGGCAGCGCUUUUUUUUUUUGGGAAAUCGGGUCGCGGUCUCCGUGGUUCCCUACGGUGGAAGAUAUGGUGCCGGACGGAGCUGGGGUGGUAGUGGUAUGAGAUUUCGGAGAGGGGACUGCCGAGUGCCGAGGGCGAGGUGGUGGAGGAUGAAGGAUGGAGGAGGG